AUGGCCGUGAGGACGGAGCCCUUGUGCAAGCCCUGCGCCCGUGCUUGCCCUGGGCAGGGUGUCCCUGCUCGGGUGCCUUUACAGGGAGAGGGAGCUCACCUGGGGCUCCUGGCCUGGAACUCCUUGAGCUCCAUCUUUUCCCUGAAACGGCGAGCGAAGCGCGCGGGGGUAACGCGGCUGCCUCUGUCUUCACAGGAAUCCACCUGCCCCAGGUGCGAGUCUGGCUUCAUCGAAGAAGUGACAGACGAUUCCAGUUUUCUAGAUGGCAGCGGCAUAGACGACAGCCCGUCCACACAGUUUGCAGAGCUUUGGGACCAUUUGGACCACACAAUGUUCUUUCCUGACUUCAGACCCUUUCUGAGUAGCAGCUCACUGGAUCAAGACAGCAGGGACAACGAGAGGGGCCACCAAGCCCACGCCGACCUCUGGGGACCAAGCCGACCCCCGCGAUUGCCCAUGACGCGGAGGUACAGAUCCCGGGGCAGCUCCCGCCCCGACAGGUCUCCCGCUAUCGAAGGAAUAAUACAGCAGAUCUUUGCAGGGUUUUUUGCAAACUCAGCGAUUCCUGGUUCGCAACACCCUUUUUCCUGGAGUGGGAUGCUGCACUCGAAUCCUGGGGACCAUGCGUGGGGACAGAGCGGCCUUGAUGCCAUCGUCACCCAGCUCUUGGGGCAGCUGGAAAACACGGGACCACCUCCAGCCGACAAGGAGAAGAUCUCCUCGCUCCCGACAGUGACAGUAACUCAGGAACAAGUCG